GAUACGGUGUCGUAUUAACUUCUCCGUCGAGAGUCGAGAUUACUCCUCUGUCGCCGUCGCCGCCGAGAUCAAAUCGAUCGAUACACAGAGAGAGAGAUGGCGAUGUCUCAGGUGGUGAACACGUACCCUCUUUCGAACUACAGCUUCGGAACUAAAGAACCCAAACUUGAAAAAGACACCUCCGUCGCCGACAGACUCGCUCGUAUGAAAGUCAACUAUAUGAAAGAGGGCAUGAGGACUAGCGUUGAAGGGAUUCUUCUGGUACAAGAACACAACCAUCCUCAUAUACUUCUUCUGCAAAUUGGUAACACAUUCUGCAAACUUCCGGGUGGACGCCUGAAGCCUGGAGAAAAUGAAGUCGAAGGCCUGAAGAGAAAGUUGACCAGUAAGCUUGGAGGCAAUUCGGUUGGUAUUGUACCCGACUGGAAGGUAGGAGAAUGUGUUGCGACAUGGUGGCGUCCAAACUUUGAAACCAUGAUGUACCCGUAUUGCCCUCCACACAUCACGAAACCAAAGGAAUGCAAGAGACUCUACAUUGUUCAUUUAUCUGAGAAAGAAUACUUUGCAGUGCCCAAAAACUUGAAACUCUUGGCCGUCCCUUUGUUUGAACUCUAUGACAAUGUUCAGAGAUAUGGACCGGUUAUAUCGACCAUUCCUCAACAACUAUCCAGAUUCCAUUUCAACAUGAUUAGUUCCUGAUUCUACUUGGUGUUCAAGAACAAGAAACCUGUUAGAUAUUAAGGUUAAUUAGGAUGUAUUGCUACCAGCUACCGGUUUAGAGAUUCGAGUUAUAGAUGUGCGUGUGUUUUUUGCAUCAUAGACUUGUUGGGAUUAUGAAGAACAAAUUCAUUCAUGUAUUACAAGAAGAUUAUUCAUCUGAUUUCUAAAAGCAUUGGUCACUAUUUGACUAACGACUUUCUUCUCUAACCGUGAUUAUAUGAAAAC